GCAGUGGGUGGUUGACCCAUCAGAGGAGUUUUAUUAUGGAUGGCUCCAGGUCAUGAUCUUCCCCAUCUUCUACAACUGGAUCAUCAUCAUCUGUAGGACAUGCUUUAAGGAAAUAGAGGAUGAAUUCCUGACACUGUGGCUCACGCUGGACUACUGCUCCGAUCUCCUGUACGUGGCUGAUACCAUCAUCAAAUUUCGCACGGGUUUCCUAGAACAGGGUAUCCUGGUGCAGGACAGGGACCGUCUGAAGAAGCGUUACCUCUUCUCCUCACAUUUCCUGUUGGACCUGGCCUCCCUACUGCCCACUGACCUCCUCUAUCUGUACUUCGGCAUCAACCAGCCGCUGGUGAGGGUCAACCGCUUCCUCCGUAUCUCUCGGCUCAACGAAGCCAUGGACCGCAUGGAGACCCGUACCUCUUACCCCAACACCUUCCGCAUCUCCAAGCUUAUGCUCUACAUCUUCGUGCUCAUCCACUGGAACGCCUGCAUCUACUUCGCCCUGUCCAGUUACAUCGGCUUCGGAGUGGACCGCUGGGUUUACCCGAACAUCACCGACCCUAUGUUCUCCCCAGCGAGGCACCAGUACAUCUACUGCUUCUGGUUCUCUGCGCAGAUCUUCACCACGGUGGGCGACACGCCGCUGCCUGACCGCGAGGAGGAGUACCUGUUUAUGAUCGCUGAUCUGCUGAUCGCCGUGCUGGUGUUUGCCUCCGUCGUGGGGAACGUGGGGAACGUCAUCACCAACCUCAGGGACCGAGACAACGUCUUCUUCCCUAACCACGAGCUGGUCAAAGGUUACCUGCGCAACAGGUACAUCAGCAAGGAGUUGCGUAACCGUGUCAACGACUGGUACCAGCACCUGUACAUCAACCGUAAGAUCACGAGGGAGAACGAGAUCCUGCAGCAGCUUCCUGUCCAGCUGCAGACGGAGAUCGCUGUGAGCGUACAUCUGCCAACGCUCUCCAAGGUCACCAUCUUCCAGAACUGUGAGACCAGUCUGCUGGAGGAGCUGGUGCUCAAACUCAUCCCGCAGGUGUAUAGUCCCGGGGAGUACGUGUGCAGAAAGGGGGACGUGGGACAUGAGAUGUACAUCAUUAAGGAUGGGAAACUGGCUGUGGUGGCAGACGAUGGCAUCACACAGUUCGCUGUGUUGAGUGACGGCAAUUUCUUCGGGGAAAUUAGCAUCCUGAACAUCAAAGGAAACAAAUCAGGCAACCGUCGGACGGCCAACAUCCGCAGCAUCGGCCACUCAGACCUGUUCAGCCUUUCCAAGGAGGACCUGACAGACGUGCUGUCUGAGUUCCCAGCUGCCAAGCGACACCUGGAGGAGAAGGGUCGUCAGAUCCUCACUAAGAUGGGCAUGUUGGUGGAGGCCCCGGAAGGCGAGGAGGAGCAGGACGAGGAGAAGGUGGAGGUCAAGGUGGAGAGACUGGAGGGUAACCUGAACACCCUGCAGACCAAGCUGGCCCGUUUAAUGGCAGAGCUGGAGUCCAGCAACCGCAAGAUCCUGGCCAGGGUGGAGCAAUUGGAACUAGAGACAGAGGGCUGGGAGGACAACUCGCCUGAGGAGGGAGAGGGAGGGGAGGUGGAGAGAAGGGAUGGGGUGGGGUUGGAAGUUGAGGGGGAGCGAGGAGAGGCGGAGGGAGAGGACCAGGCAAAGGGGACUAAAAGAGAGAAUGAGGGAGAGAAGCACGCGGAAGAGACUAAAAGAGAGGAUGAGGGUGAGGGUGAGGGAAAGGAUGAAGGAUAUGGAGAGGAAAAAGGAGGAGAGGAAGGAGAAACAAAAGAGACUGAGGGAAGAGGACAGGGAGACAUGUAGAGGACAAUAAGAGAGAGGACAGGAAGACAUGUAGAGGACAAUAAGAGAGAAGAUAGAAAGACAUGUAGAGGACAAUAAGAGAGAAGAUAGGAAGACAUGUAGAGGACAAUAAGAGAGAGGACAGGAAGACUUGUAGAGGACAAUAAGAGAGAGGACAGGAAGACAUGUAGAGGACAAUAAGGUAGAUGAGGACAGGAAGACAUGUAGAGGACAAUAAGGUAGAUGAGGACAGGAAGGCAUGUAGAGGACAAUAAGAGAGAUGAGGACAGGAAGACAUGUAGAGGACAAUAAGAGAGAGGAGGACAGGAAGACAUGUAGAGGACAAUAAGAGAGAGGAGGACAGGAAGACAUGUAGAGGACAAUAAGAGAGAUGAGGACAGGAAGACAUGUAGAGGACAAUAAGAGAGAUGAGGACAGGAAGACAUGUAGAGGACAAUAAGAGAGAGGACAGGAAGACAUGUAGAGGACAAUAAGAGAGAGGACAGGAAGACAUGUAGAGAACAAUAAGAGAGAGGACAGGAAGACUUGUAGAGGACAAUAAGAGAGAGGACAGGAAGACAUGUAGAGAACAAUAAGAGAGAGGACAGGAAGACUUGUAGAGGACAAUAAGAGAGAAGACAGGAAGACAUGUAGAGGACAAUAAGAGAGAGGACAGGAAGACUUGUAGAGGACAAUAAGAGAGAAGACAGGAAGACAUGUAGAGGACAAUAAGGUAGAUGAGGACAGGAAGGCAUGUAGAGGACAAUAAGAGAGAUGAGGACAGGAAGACAUGUAGAGGACAAUAAGAGAGAGGAGGACAGGAAGACAUGUAGAGGACAAUAAGAGAGAUGAGGACAGGAAGACAUGUAGAGGACAAUAAGAGAGAGGACAGGAAGACAUGUAGAGGAUAAUAAGAGAGAUGAGGACAGGAAGACAUGUAGAGGACAAUAAGGUAGAUGAGGACAGGAAGGCAUGUAGAGGACAAUAAGAGAGAUGAGGACAGGAAGACAUGUAGAGGACAAUAAGAGAGAGGAGGACAGGAAGACAUGUAGAGGACAAUAAGAGAGAUGAGGACAGGAAGACAUGUAGAGGACAAUAAGAGAGAUGAGGACAGGAAGACAUGUAGAGGACAAUAAGAGAGAGGAGGACAGGAAGACAUGUAGAGGGGAAGCAGGACUAAAGACCAGGAGGGGAAGCAGGACUAAAGACCAGGACUAAAGACCAGGACGGGAAGCAGGACUAAAGACCAGGACGGGAAGCAGGACUAAAGACCAGGAGGGGAAGCAGGACUAAAGACCAGGACUAAACACCAGGAGGGGAAGCAGGACUAAAGACCAGGAGGGGAAGCAGGACUAAAGACCAGGACUAAACACCAGGAGGGGAAGCAGGACUAAAGACCAGGAGGGGAAGCAGGACUAAAGACCAGGAAGGGAAGCAGGAGUAAAGACCAGGACGGGAAGCAGGACUAAAGACCAGGACUAAAGACCAGGAGGGGAAGCAGGACUAAAGACCAGGACUAAAGACCAGGAGGGGAAGCAGGACUAAAGACCAGGAGGGGAAGCAGGACUAAAGACCAGCAGGGGAAGCAGGACUAAAGACCAGGACUAAAGACCAGGACGGGUAGAGGAACAAAAGGAAAAAUAAGAUGUGGAGCAGUAGAGAGGAGGGAGGAUGACAGACAGGGAUCAAGGGAAGGAGAGAAUGGGAUUUGUGUGGAGAGGACUGCAAAAAAGAAUACAGCUAUACCUCAAUCUUGACAGGACUGCAAAGUGCUGACCAAUGUACCACAAUGACAACAAGUUCCCGAACCCUGAUUGGUUUGAAUGGUGUCAGCAAUUUUUUACAUCGUGUUCUUUUGAACUUAACCUCAUGAAUUGGGGGUGUUUGGAGUACUAUAUAGAUAGAGAACAUUGAACACAACAAGUCAAUAACUAGAUGUUGACAAGAAAUCUGAUAGUUUACAGAUUAUUUCACUUAUAAUUCACUGUAUCACAAUUCCCAAUGGGUCAGAAGUUUACAUGCACUAAGUUGACAGUGCCUUUAAACAGCUUGGAAAACUCGUGUCAUGGCUUUAGAAGCUUCUGAUAGGCUAAUUGACAUCAUUUGAGUCAAUUGGAGGUGUACCUGUGGAUAUAUUUCAAGGCCUACCUUCAAACUCAGUGCCUCUUUGCUUGACAUCAUGGGAAAAUCCAAAGAAAUCAGCCAAGACCUCAAAAAUAGGAUUGUAGACCUCCACAAGUCUGGUUCAUCCUUGGGAGCAAUUUCCAAACGCCUGAAGGUACCACGUUCAUCUGUACAAACAAUAGUACGCAAGUAUAAACACCAUGGGACCACGCAGCCGUCAUACCGCUCAGGAAGGAGACACGUUCUGUCUCCUAGAGAUGAACGUACUUUGGUGCGAAAAGAGCAAAUGAAUCCCAGAACAACAGCAAAGAACCUUGUGAAGAUGCUGGAAGAACCAGGUACAAAAGUAUUUAUAUCCACAGUAAAACGAGUCCUAUAUCGACAUAACCUGAAAGGCCACUCAGCAAGGAAGAAGCCACUGUUCCAAAACCGCCAGACUACGGUUUGUAACUGCACAUGGGGACAAAGAUCGUACUUUUUGGAAAAUGUCCUCUGGUCUGAUGAAACAAAAUUAGAACUGUUUGGUCAUAAUGACCAUUGUUAUGUUUGGAAGAAAAAGGGGGAGGCUUACAAGCCGAAGAACACCAUCCCAACCGUGAAGCACGGGGGUGGCAGCAUCAUGUUGUGGGGGUGUUUUGCGGCAGGAGGGACUGGUGCACUUCACAAAAUAGAUGACAUCAUGAAGCAGGAAGAUUAUGUGGAUAUAUUGAAGCAACAUCUCAAGACAUCAGUUAAAAGCUUGGUCACAAAUGGGUCUUCCUCCUCAAAUGGACAAUGACCCCAAGCAUACUUCCAAAGUUGUGGCAAAAUGGCCUAAGGAGAACAAAGUCAAGGUAUUGGAGUGGUCAUCACAAAGCCCUGACCUCAAUCUUAUAGAACAUUUGUGGGCAGAACUGAAAACACGUGUGUGAGCAAGGAGGUCUACAAACCUGAUUUAGUUACACCAGCUCUGUCAGGAGGAAUGGGCCAAAAUUCACCCAACUUAUUGUGGGCAGCUUGUGGAAGGCUACCUGAAACGUUUGACCCAAGUUAAACAAUUUAAAGGCAAUGCUACCAAAUACUAAUUGAGUGUAUGUAAACUUCUGACCCACUGGAAAUGUGAUGAAAGAAAUAAAAGCUGAAAUAAAUCAUUCUCUCUACUAUUAUUAUUAUUAUUAUUAUUAUUAUUAUUAUUAUUAUUAUUUCACAUUCUUAAAAUAAAGUGGUGAUCCUAACUGACCUAAGACAGGGACUUUUUUACUAGGAUUAAAUGUCAGGAAUUGUGACAUUCUGAGUUGACAUUCUGAGUUGAAAUGUAUUUGGCUAAGGUGUAUGUAAACUUCCGACUUCAACUGUAUAAAAUAGUCAUUCAGAAUAGUCAUUGGAAUCAAUCAUUCAUCACAGGAGGUUGGUGGCAUCUUCAACUGUAUAAAAUA